UCCUCGCUUUUGCGGAUGCCGCACGCGGAGCCCUCUCUACUGUCCCCAACUCGAUACAUUAACGGCCUCGACGCCGAUCCCAGCUAGCUGCAAUGGCCGACGCAAACUCCGUUCCUACCGCGGCGGCCGAGAGCAAGCCUCCGGCGACCGAGAGCAAGCCGCCGGCGACCGACAGCAAGCCUCCGGCAACCGAGACGAGGCGGUCGUGGGGCGACGAGGUGGACGACGAGGCGGAGGAGGAGCAGAGUGCGGCGGCCACGACAUCGGCGGAUAAAGCGGGAGCGGAUCUGGAUUUCGCCUCCCUGACCAUCGACGAGAGCAAGAAGAUCAACAAGUUCCUCGACGAACCCGAGGAUUCCAACAUCAGAGCGGUUACAUCUGGCGAUACGCCAUAUACAUCAGCAAGUAGUUUCGAGGAUUUGAAUCUGUCGCCGGAGCUCCUGAAGGGUUUAUACGUUGAUAUGAAAUUUCAGAAGCCCAGUAAAAUCCAGGCUAUCAGCCUGCCUAUGAUUUUGAUCCCUCCGUACAAAAAUCUCAUUGCUCAGGCACAUAAUGGUUCCGGCAAGACCACUUGUUUCGUGCUUGGAAUGUUGAGCCGAGUUGAUCCAAAAUUGGAAGCUCCUCAAGCUCUCUGUAUUUGCCCCACGCGAGAACUGGCAAUUCAGAACAUGGAAGUCUUGCAGAAAAUGGGAAAGUACACAGGAAUACUUGCAGAGGCUGCAGUGCCUGUGCUGAUGGAUAGCACUAACUGUAUGCGGAUUACCAAACGGGCACCUGUUACUGCACAAAUUGUUGUAGGCACCCCUGGAACAAUCAAGAGAUGGAUGUCAUCAAAGAAACUGGGUGCACGUUACAUAAAGAUUCUUGUAUUUGAUGAGGCCGAUCAUAUGUUGGCAGAGGAUGGGUUUAGGGAUAACUCUUUGAGGAUAAUGAAGGACAUCGAAAGGGCCAAUGCCAGCUUCCAGGUCCUUUUGUUUUCUGCCACAUUCGAUGACAAGGCGAAGAAUUUUGUAACAAGAGUAGUGAAAGAUUACAAUCAGCUUUUCGUGAAGAAAGAAGAACUAUCCUUAGAGUCAGUAAAGCAGUACAAGGUGCAUUGCCCUGAUGAACCUUCCAAGGUUUUAGUGAUCAGAGAUAGAAUUUUUGAAUUAGGAGAGAAUCUGGGACAGACAAUAAUAUUUGUUCGCACCAGACAUAGUGCAAGAAAUUUGCAUGAGACACUUGUUAGUUUUGGCUAUGAAGUUACCACUAUCCAAGGUGCUCUUAGGCAGGAAGACAGAGACAAGAUUGUCAAAGAAUUUAGAGAUGGUUUGACACAGGUUCUCAUAUCAACUGACCUUCUGGCUCGAGGCUUUGAUCAACAGCAGGUCAAUUUGGUGAUCAAUUAUGAUCUUCCUGUAAAGCAUAAUAAUCCGUCGGAUCCUGAUUGUGAGGUAUACUUGCACAGAAUUGGAAGGGCGGGGCGUUUUGGGCGCAAAGGAGCAGUGUUCAACUUGCUAUGCAGUGAAAGGGACAUGGCACUCAUGGCUAAGAUUGAAAAUCAUUUUGCCUCUAGAGUUCCUGAGGUUACACCAUGGAAUAGCGAGGAGGCAUUUAAGAAGGCACUUCAGGCAGCUGGUUUGCUGUGACGAUGAUGCUAUUUUUGUGUCGUGUGACGAUGUUAAGCGAGUUCUAUGAGCUGGUGUCGUCAAGGUGUCUGCUGUUCUAUGAGAAGAUGUAGUGUUCGGUCAGCUGCUACUAUCAUGGCGGUUUUUAGUUGGGAUAAUUACUUUGAAGAAGUUGUAGUCGGGAUUAAUUAUUUCCAGUGAAUGUGCAGCCAUACGAGUCAGAUUUUUUGUGGGCAUCGGGGCAUUUUCCGCAAUGGCUCUGUGGAUGCAUUGUUUUGAAUUUGGAGCUUGAAGCCAAGUGGAGUUUGCUGUGACCUCUAUGUAAGGAGUUGGCUAAGUGAAUUGCAAAUGGUAAAGAAACUAUCGAUGUUUUAGAUA